CUUUCUCGGCCUGCUUAGCGGGCAUGCGGGGCUCUCCUAGAGUUUAAACGUUUAUUGAAAGGACUUUUUCGCCGGACUCUCCCCUAAAAAUCUCAAAAGUCGUCCGUGUCUUUGGAAAACAUCCGAAACAAUUUUAUCCUGGAGAUUAGAGAGUCUCAGGGGAGUAAGGAGUGAGUGGCUUGUUUCCAAAGGAGGAAAAAGAAAAAGAGUGCGGCUCCUUGGGAGAAAAGGAAAACUUGCAUUUAUAAACAAGAGAGUUAAGGAAUCCUUUCCCGGCAAGCACACACACGUACACGUAAAAGGGCUUGCAAUUUGCAAGCAUAUUAAUAUCUUUCUCUUGAUAGUUUGUGCUGUCAUGCAAACUCUAAUAUGACGGAAAGCUGAUCUUGUGGUAGCAAGCGUAAAUUGUCCACUUUGCUAAGCAGGGUCUGCCCUGGUUUGCAUUUGAAUGGAGACUACAUAUGUUAAACAAAGGAAGAUAUCUGAAUGAAAUGUUACAUCCUAUUAGGCAAUUGCAUCAAGAAGAAAUAUAAUAUUUCAUUGGAAAGAAUCUAGACAACUUAAAGAGAAAAGCAAGGCUCUUCUAAUCACUACAUUGAUGGAAAUUAGUAAGAUCCUUGAAUCUGUAUCUUGAACUCCAGUUUUGUUAUGAUGACCACCAGCAGUCCUCCUGAUGUAGUUGGUCGAAGAAUCCUUUGCAAUGGAGAAUAUGGAACUGUUCUUUAUGUUGGUGAUGUUCCUCCUACAACAGGACUUUGGCUUGGAGUGGAAUGGGACAACAGUCAACGAGGAAAACAUAAUGGUAUCCAUGAGGGAAUACAGUAUUUCAAAUGCAGACAUCCUACAGGGGGAUCUUUCAUACGGCCAAACAAGGCAAAUUUUGGAGUUGAUUUCAUUUCUGCUGUAAAGAAGAAAUAUGGAUUCAGUGAAGAUGACCAAGGAGCUGAUAGCGGGAUGGAAACUUUGCUAGUAAUUGGAACGAAGACUGUGGAAACAGUUGGGUUUGAUUCUAUUAAAGAAAAACAAAAGCAAUUGAAUAAAUUGAGUGAUGUCUCAGUGGAUGAAUGUGCAGUGAGCUUUGCUGGUGAAGAAGACGAAAUCAGAAGAGCAUGCCCUAACAUUACUCGAAUAAAUCUAGCCAAGAAUCUCUUGUCAUCUUGGAAGGAAGUGGUAAAUAUUGCCUGCCAAGUUGAAAAUCUAGAAACACUUAAUCUCAGUGGAAACAAAAUGAAAUUUCCUCCUACUUCACCACCUGUUUCAAGAGCGUUUUGUAGACUCAGGGUUCUGGCACUUAAUCAAACAGGAGUAACAUGGACUGAGGUUCUUUUAUGUGCUGCAGGGUGGCCAGCUCUUGAAGAACUGUAUCUUGCUUCAAAUGAUAUUUCAGUUUUAAAGAGACCCAUUGAUGUUCUGUAUACCUUGAAAUGGUUAGACCUUUCAAACAAUCAGUUAACUGAUGGAAAUCAACUUCACCUAAUCACAGAUCUCCCAAGCUUAGAAGGACUAAUGCUUUCAAACAAUGGAAUUUCUUCUAUACACUUUCCUGAUGUAGGAUUUGGUUGCAAGACUAGAAUGUUUCCCUCCCUGACACACUUUGUGGUAAAGGGCAACAAAAUAGCAGAAUGGUCAGUGAUAAACGAACUGGAUAAAUUACAAAGGCUUGAGUCAUUUGACUGUCGGAAUAACCCUUUAAUGGACACAGAUAAAAACAUAGAGACUGUAAAACAGCUCAUUAUUGCCAAAAUAGGCCAACUGAAGUUCUUAAACAAGUCUCAGAUCUUUCCCGAAGAAAGGAAGGGAGCAGAACUUGACUAUAGGAAAAAAUAUGGAAUUGACUGGAUAAAGGCUGGUGGUAAUCAGGAUCCAUACAAAAAUAAUCCAAAUGAGGAAUUUCUUGCUGCCCAUCCUCGAUUCCAAUUAUUUUGUGAUAAAUAUGGUGCCCCUGAAGAUGGGGAACUGAAAAGAGAACAGCCUUUCUCCCUAAAAAAUCAGCUACUGGCUUUGACUUUUAAGUGUCCUGACAGACCUGAUCGGCAGCUGAUAGAGAAGAAACUACCUGAUUCUAUGACUAUUCAGAAGGUCAAAGGAUUGCUGUAUCGGCUACUGAAAAUCCCAGGUUCAGAACUCAAACUAUCCUACGAAAGUGCUAAAGUAAGCUCAAGUUCAGUUAUGCAACAAUACAUGAAUUCAGACUUAAUUCAGAACACUACUACUAGUCACGCUGCUAAAGAUAAACACUGCACUCUAACACACUAUUCAGUGAAUUGACUCCUUUAAAGGAGAGCAGGCAUACCAUAGUUCUGGGCACUGUUCAGGUCCCUCUGAGUAGAGAGGUAGCUUGAUCCCAAAUAUUUUUAAAAGGUAUGAAAGUACAAGAUGCAUGAACCUAACGUCUGACUCUCUCCUUCUCCUAGAUGAAAGGCAAAGAAUUUGAACUGGACAAUGACCUAAAGCCCUUACAGUUUUACUCGAUCGAAAACCAAGACUGCAUUCUAGUACGAUGGUAACAGCUGCCUUUUAUGCAGCUUUUGAAGAGUAAUCAUGGGCUGCUAGCAGAGCCUUUCUAAUUAAGUGGAUGUGUUGAUUUAUUUAAUUGUAUAUAUUAUCUGGAAGAACUUCGAUUUUUAAAAAGAUGGAAAACUACUUGCUCGACAAA